GCAGCUGGGGCCUCGGUCGGCUCGUCUGUCGGGGUAACAUGGGAAAACGCACACGCGACAUCCCAGAAACAGUCCGCGAAACUUCAGAAACUGGUGUAUGACGUGAUUAUAAAAACAAAAGGGGGAAAUGAAAUCGCGGGUCUUUGCGGGAUGUAUUUAAACAUUUGUGCACGAGAGUACCCUUCAUGAGUGCGUCCAAAUUUCAUUUAGUAAAUUUGUAUGCUUAAAGCAAACAUUGCAGGGCGUGAAUGAUUAGUUUUUGGUUGGAUUGAAUGACUGGGACUUGGCAGAAGAUUUGAUUGAUUUUAUUGAUUAGAUCUCUUUGUUUUAGUAGGGGCGGAGGCUACAAUGACUACAAUAAGAAAAAUGCGAGGAUUUACAAUGGCAGUUUGACCACGACAGGGAAGAGAGGGAUGUGUAACUUAUUUCGUAUAUCGUGCAUUUUUUUGUUACAGCUACUACCGUUUUCUCCUCAAGUUCCCGGGGAUAGUUAGUGUCAUGGAGUUAGCCCACGACAAUAUAUUUCACGGGUAGCAUACGAACGGAUGAAUUGCGUAUUUAAUCGCAAACAGUCAAUCAGCACAAUAGUUGAGUGGAAUUCCUAAGAGGGAAAACAUCGGGUUCAUUGCAAAGUGCAACCAAUUACUUUUUUUCCUAAUAGCACAAGCUGGCUGCACUUGCAGACUUCUUGCAUCCAUGAAUCGACUGACGGAGAACAAUAUAUCCUAACAACAAUAUCUGUUCACCUUCCUGUCGAAGAUCUUGGCGUCAUCUUACACGCACCUGCGAUGCUUUUGAACUUCCAUGUAUAGGCUAGUAAUUAUUAUUUAAAAAACCGUUAUACAAAGCUCCUGCCGCCCCCCUGCCUGCUUUUGCCUCCACACUGCCUUGCGGAAGCUUUUUUUUCCCACGAGGUGGUUUGGGAUCGGAUCGGAGAAAAGGACGGGAAACUCGUCAUAGGAAGCCUCUCUGUUUCAUUGUUCUCUGAUUUUAUUUUUGUAAAAAAAAAAAAAACAAGCUGCCGUUUUCUCCGUGCAGCGAGAGCACACCCUGUUCAAUUCUGGAUUACUUUAUCCGACUCCUUUCUGCCGGAAUGAGGUUAAAGAGGAACGGUUCCUAUACUUUGAAUAGGAAGUCGAAGACGAAGCCCAAUGGGAAGAAGCCGCCGCCCGAGGAGAAGAAGCACUACCUGGAGCCGGAGUUCACCAAAGUGCGGGUCGUGGACUUCGACCUGAAGGAGCUGGUGGUGUUGCCCCCGGAGAUAGACCUCAACGAAUGGCUGGCCAGCAACACAACGACCUUCUUCAAUCUCAUAAACCUGCAGUACAGCACAAUCUCAGAGUUCUGCACGGGGGAGACCUGUCAGGCCAUGACUGCCUGCAGCACGAUAUACUACUGGUAUGACGAGAGAGGGAAGAAGACGAAAUGCACUGCCCCCCAGUACGUGGACUUCGUCAUGAGUUUGGUGCAGAAGCUGGUGACGGACGACGACAUCUUUCCCACGAAAUAUGGUAAAGAGUUCCCCAACUCGUUCGAGUCGCUGGUGAAGAAGAUCUGCCGCUACCUGUUCCACGUGCUGGCGCACAUCUACUGGGCCCACUUCGGCCAGACGGUGGCGCUGGAGCUGCAGGGACACCUCAACACGCUGUACACGCACUUCGUCGUCUUCGUGCGGGAGUUCAACCUGGUGGACCCCAAGGAGACCGCCAUCAUGGAGGACCUGUCGGAGGCGCUCUGCACCCCCCUGCCCGCCGCACAGAACCACGUGACGGAGAGAUGAGAGACCGCGCCCACACCGCACGGGCGUGGGGAGGAGGAGGAGGAAGAGGAGGAAGAGGAGGGGGAGCAGGAGGGAGAAGGAUGGGGG